GCCCCGCCCCGCCCCGUGGCCCUUGAACCUCCGCCCCGAGCCACGCACACCCAAUGCUUCCCAGAGCCAGCCGUUCCGUGUUGUCCACUCUUCUCUGCACUCUUCGGGCUGCCCCUGUCGCCGCCAUGAGCACUGGCACCUUCGUUGUGUCGCAGCCGCUCAAUUAUCGCGGCGGGGCCCGUGUGGAGCCUGUGGACUCCUCCGGCACGGAGAAGGCGUUUGAACCGGCAACCGGCCGUGUGAUAGCUACUUUCACAUGUUCAGGAGAAAAGGAAGUAGAUUUGGCUGUUCAGAAUGCAAAAGCUGCUUUUAAAAUAUGGAGUAAAAAAUCUGGCAUGGAGCGUUGCCGAAUCCUUUUGGAGGCUGCCAGGAUAAUAAGGGAACGGAAGGAGGAAAUUGCCACUGUGGAGACGAUCAACAACGGCAAGUCCAUCUUUGAGGCCCGCUUCGACAUUGACACUUCCUGGCAGUGCCUGGAGUACUAUGCAGGCUUGGCUGGGUCCAUGGCUGGUGAACACAUUCAGCUCCCGGGUGGAUCCUUUGGUUAUACCAGAAGAGAACCACUUGGAGUAUGUGUGGGAAUAGGAGCCUGGAACUACCCCUUCCAGAUCGCCUCUUGGAAGUCAGCCCCAGCCUUAGCUUGCGGUAAUGCCAUGGUCUUUAAACCCUCCCCCUUUACACCAGUCUCUGCAUUGCUACUGGCUGAAAUCUAUACCAAGGCUGGCGUGCCUCCUGGGCUCUUCAACGUGGUGCAAGGAGGGGCUGCCACAGGCCAGUUUCUGUGCCAGCAUCGUGACGUGGCCAAAGUCUCCUUCACUGGAAGUGUGCCCACUGGCACAAAGAUCAUGGAGAUGUCAGCCAAAGGAAUCAAACCUGUCACCUUGGAACUUGGGGGCAAAUCUCCACUCAUCAUCUUCUCAGACUGUGACAUGGAGAAUGCAGUGAAGGGGGCUCUGAUGGCCAACUUCCUCACACAAGGCGAGGUAUGCACCUGUCUCUGGGAAAGGUGUCCGAGGAAUCUCCACCCCUUCAUCCAGCAGUAUGUUUUAAAGCCUUUUCUUUUGAAAUACUUUCAGAAUUAACAGAAAAGUUUCAGGACUAGCACAAAGAGUUCCCAUGUACCCUUGAUCCACAUUCCUCAAGUGUGGUGUGUUUAAUACAAAAUAUGUGGGUUUCUCUUCUUUCCUUUUUGGCAGGGUGCUAAAGUGUUGUGUGGUGGAGAUAUCUACGUACCUGAUGAUCCCAAGUUAAAGGAUGGAUAUUACAUGCAACCUUGUAUAUUAACUAAUUGCAGAGAUGACAUGACCUGUGUGAAAGAAGAGAUCUUUGGGCCUGUUAUGUCCAUUUUAUCAUUUGACACUGAAGCUGAGGUUCUAGAAAGAGCCAAUGAUACCACUUUUGGACUAGCGGCUGGCGUCUUUACCAGGGACCUCCAGCGGGCUCACAGAGUGGUGGCAGAGCUCCAGGCUGGAAUGUGCUUCAUUAACAACUACAACGUCAGCCCAGUAGAGUUGCCCUUUGGUGGAUACAAGAAGUCAGGAUUUGGCAGAGAGAACGGCCGUGUGACAAUUGAAUAUUAUUCACAACUAAAGACUGUGUGCGUGGAGAUGGGUGAUGUGGAAUCUGCUUUUUGAAGACCUGCGGUGAAACCCGCUACAUGGCCAGGCUGUGGAAAAAUGAGGAUCAUCGCCCUUGGCAGAGGCUUGACAGCUGGCACAGUUUAAACCCAGAAUUUUGAUCAUUCAGGAUGAGAGAAUGGUUCAGUGUUACUCUUCACCUCCCAAUCACUCUCCCGGUUGAAAAUGUGUCUGAGUGCCUUUUAGAUACUAAUCAAGAAAGUUGUGAUUUCCUUCAAAGCAAAUUUCUGUGAAAUCUUUUAAGAGCCAGGAACAGACUUCCAGAGAAUAGGGAGCAGGACUAGGAUUAUAUGUUUUCCACACAUUUUGCCUACAGGCAAUGUUAAUUCUCUGGCUUAUUUAAAGAUCUUAUUCCUUUGUAGGUUCAUGGUAAAAUCAGAAGAGAUGAUUUCUGCUCACUGACGUUUUUUUUAAGCUAUGUCCUUUUGUCAUACCAUUAAGGAAGCUGACAGCUGGGAUUGGGAAGGGAUUAGAUUAAUAGGUUAAAUUCUGUGCGAUGUUGACUGUCUGUAGUAAGCACUUCGGUUUCCAUUUGACACUGCAACAGAGAAGACCUGUCUUGGGUUCUUUUUUUUUUUUUUAAACUCAAGUUCUUGAACUACAGUCUGCUUUCUUACAUCAGAAGAGUUACCUUUUAAAUGUGCCAAUGUAGUUUAGUGAAAUUAAAUCACAUAUCUUUUAA